ACUGUCUUUAAAAAUAUGUCAAAAAGAUUAUUCUAUGUAGUUUGUAUCGUGAACUAAAUUAUAUUGUCAAAAGGUUGGAAUUUGCAUUAAGCUUAUUAAAAUGGAGUGCGCUGCGCGUUUCUUGCUCAGCGUGUGUCGGCAUCACGUAAAAUACCGACGUCUUCAUAUUCCACCAGCGACAGACUUCGUGGACAAGCCCAAGCCAAGUUUGAAUUUGGGGGACAAAGUGGAUUACUCCAGAGACUUGAUAAAACGGGCAAUGACCCUGUAUAAGCCCAAUGAGCUUAUGCUGUGCUUUAAUGGCGGCAAGGAUUGCACCGUGCUGCUCGAUAUAUUGGCCAAAAUAAAGCCACCUUCUAUGACUCUGCGAGCUGUGUACGUAAGGCCCGCGGAUCCCUUUGAAGAGUUGGAACAGUUCAUCGAUUGCUGUGCCCAGCGGUAUGGAGUGAAGCUGCAGCGACUCGAAGGUGUAAUGAAGCUGGCCUUCAAGCAGUUGGUGCAAGAGGAUCCCCAGGUGCGGGCCAUGUUCCUUGGUUGCCGGCGUACUGAUCCCGGCUGCGGGGUGGUGCCGGAGAUGCUGCCAUGUGACAACGGCUGGCCGGCGCUCAUGCGAAUCUUCCCGCUGCUGGAGUGGAGCUAUCACGAUAUCUGGAGCUAUUUGCGAGUCAACGAUGUGCCAUACUGCUGCUUGUACGAUCGGGGCUAUACAUCUCUCGGGGAUCGCUCCUCCACCGACUUUAAUUCAAGCCUGCUGACCUAUGACCAGAAGCAGGGCAAGGGCAAGCUGGUCUUUCGGGCAGCCUAUGAGCUAGAGGACCCUAGCAAAGAGCGGGCCAGUAGGAAUGAUGGGUGGAGCCAUGAUCAGAAGGCUGUUGAAGAGUCCAAGUAAUGGGCAGCACCUGGUCAUUGAGCUCAAGCCAAAAGUGUUUGCUUGCAUUGCUCUUGACAUGAUUUGUAUCAAUUCAUUUUUUGUGUUGUACUCAAUGUGGGCCAACAUGGAGCAGCAAGUGUCAGCUAACUAGGUUCUUGGGCAAGACCCCAUUCCACUGUUCGAAGAUUUGGCAACCUAAGCAGCCCAGUUUAACCGUUAAUGUUCUUCGAGUAUAAGAGAAGUUUAGGGUGAAGGCUUGGCUGUAAAAGCUCUUUCGAAACAAAAGCUAAGAAGGAGCUUACAUCCACUAAAGUUUUCUAAAAAGAGGAAUAUUUUAUCUUUGUCUCUGCUAAUUAAAAAUUUUAAAUUAAAUAAGUCUCUAUGGAAUUUAAGAUAUCAAUCUUAAAAUUGCUUUGAGUUUACGAUUAAAAAAAUGUAUUCUUCCAAAAGUUGAAAUUCAGAAGCAAAAAAUAAAUUUAUUAA